UGCAUUUACUACGAACCGGAAGCAAACGUACCACGAACGUCGGAAAGAAGGUCAGCAACAUGGCGGACGAAAAGAAAGCUGUGUCGUUCGGUUUCUCCAAGAAGAUAGAGACCAAAGUGAAGCAGAAAUCAGCUCUAGAUGACGGGAAGUCGAACGUGAAGGAGGAGACUGACUUCGUGGUGUCUCUCGAGGGAAAAUCUGUGAAAAGUUUGAAACCCAAAGAUGAGCCCAAAGAGCUGAUCAUCCCCCUUAUAAGGGAGAACCAGUGGAAUGUACCAUCAACUGACAGGGAUGGGCAGGAUGGGGUGAAAAAGUCCAGUCUGGCAGAGAAACUUGAGCAGAAGAUGGCCAAGACGGACCGGUCCACUGAGGUGGAGGGGAGAGACGAUGAUGUCAGCAGGGCAGCAAGGGAGGUCAUGGAAGAUGCGGCCAGGUCCAUGGGUAAAUGGGAGGACAGGGGCAACGACCGGAAGUACGAUGACCUCACGGUGCCCCUGAUGUCGCUCAACAAGGCUCCGGAGGGGUUCGAGACCGACAGCAAACUGGACGUGUCAAUCAGACCUGACGAGGCCAGUCUGGAUGACUAUGAGGCGAUGCCUGUGGAGGCCUUCGGGAUGGCUGCACUACGGGGGAUGGGGUGGACACCAGAGGAGGGGAUAGGGAGAACAUUCAAACAACAUGUGGACCCCCUGCAGCUCCAGGUGCGGCCCAAGGGCCUGGGUCUCGGCGCCGUCGUGAGACCCACGGAGGACAAGAACCAGCGACCGCUGAAACCCGGCGAGACUCGGAAGGAGGAGGACACCAGGGGGCUGGUGCCGGGAGCACACGUGCUGAUACUGGCGGGGCCACACAGGGACAUGUAUGGCAAGGUGGAAAGUCUGAAUGGGGAGACGGCCCGGGCUGUGGUGUCCCUCGCCUUGGGUGGUCAGACACUGGACAUCAGCGAGAAUGCCCUGCAAGUGGUCAGCAAGGAGGAAUACAAGAAAAAUAGCCACAAAAUCAAAGAGAAAGAAGUUAAUGGGAACUCAUCCAGAGAAAAAGAGAGAAAGAAAGAGAGACACAGGGAUAGAGAAGACGAAGACCGACAUCACAGAGAGAAGGGCAGAAGAAAAGAAGAUAGGAAAGAUGACAGAAGGAAAGACAGAGACGACAGAAGAGAUAGAGAAAAGGAAUCAGACAGAAAAAGAAAACAUGAUGAUGAUCACUACAGAGAAAGUAAGUCCAAGAGCAAAAGAAAAGAGGAUGACUAUGAAUCUGUUUCCAGUAAGGAGCACAGAAGCUCCCCCUGUCAGAGUAGACCGGUACAGCAGGCCUGUUGGAUGAGACCACAGCUCAGAGUCCGUGUUAUUGAUAAACACUACAAGAAUGGCAAAUAUUACAACGCAAAGGUGGCCAUAGAUGAUGUAACAGAUGCAGAAACCUGUACAUGUGUGACUGAGGAUGGGAGAGUUAUAGACGGUGUAAAACAGCCCAUGUUGGAAACUGUUAUCCCAAAGACUGAACCAGGGUACAUCCUAGUGGUGGGGGGGAAGUAUAAAGGACAGAAAGCUGAAAUUAUAGGGAAGGACAAGAAGAACUGCAUAGCUACAGUCCAGUUCCUGCCGGACAGAGAAAAAACAGUGAAAGUCAGCUACGAUGACAUCUGUCAAUAUCUGGGAGACGUGGAGACUUACUGAGACAUAAACCUGGUGUCAAACUGUCAACAACUUUGGACUGAAUUUGUUUAUUGUCAGAAGCUUGGAAAAUCUCAAUAUCACCAAAGAGUUGUCCAUAUUUUUGCCUGAAAACCUACUGUUACAUUUGACGAAGCUUGUUGACCACUGAUCCCCAAAAACUGUGCAGUGAUCGAGAGGAGACCAAUACUAUUGUUGCGGAAAAUGUCCUUUAGAGCUUGCAGGUUUGUCAAGCAAGCCAAUUUACCAGCUGUGCGACACUGACUCAAUGUCAUGAAUUGUUUUCCCAAAAUGCUAUCUCAGCAGUGAGGUUUGGAAUGUUGUAUGGCUUAUUUUGUGUUUGACUUUGUAUCCGAUUGGUAAUAAUAUUGCAGAAACUGUGGCAGUUUAUCUAAACAAAAAAGUUGUGAUUACUUCGAAUUAAUUCCUCCAUUCUUUUGUUUUUGUGCUGAUACCCAUAAGUUUGUAUUUUUUGCUAUGUAUAGGUUUAUAUUCUUUGAACUGAACCCUUGAUAUUCUCAGAAAUAAACUGUGAAGUA